CACAUUAAACAGCUGAAAGGAAUUGUUUUAUUUACAAAUUGUUAAAAAAAAGAAAUGUCACUCGUCGCCUAUGCCGCCAGUUCUGAUGAAGAUUCCGAGAACGAAGAGGAGGAAGAGAAUUCCAAGCCACAGGUGGAGAUAAUUAAGUCGGAAGCCAAGCCGAACACAGGACCCACAACAAGUGUCACAGCCAGUGGUCACAUCAGCGACGAGGAUGACGACUUUGUGCCCCAAGAAGUAUCCUUACAGGAGUUAAAACCCGUCGGCAGACUUACACUAGCCUUGCCCAAGCCAAAGGCAGCUGCACCCGCUGAGGAGGAGUCAAUAGACGAGGAUGUGGACGAGCUGAUAGCCCCCGCUUUUGCCAAACUCCCAAUGCCACGCACAGCAGUUGCCUCCGGCAAGGCAAUUAUAGAAGAAAAAGAUGAUGAGUUUCUGCACAAAAAAGCGCUGCCUGUUCAGAUAGAGAAACCCCCACCGCCGCCGGUUAAGGGACGCGUCAAGAUCAGCAUACCAUCGCUGAGAGACUUCUCCGAUGUUGACCAGGAGAAGGCGGACAAGGCCAAGAACAAGGUGGACAAACCCGUGGCGCCCAAGGGAUCUGGCUUGCUGAGCAUGCUGCCCCAAGCCAAGUCAGAGCGAAACUUUGCCAAGACAUCCACUUCGGAAGCAGCAGCAAGCAACACGACAACGCCGGCUCAAAAACCAGAAGCAAGUAAUCUAGGACAGCCCCGGUCCUCUCCAGCUUUUGUGCCCGAUACAGUGAAGCAGAGGAGAGCAGCGCACAACACCGAAGGAGUGGAUGGCCCCAAGGCUUCUGGUCCCAAAAGGAGUACCCAAGGAAGCGAAGGCUCUAAGCCCACUCAAGCCAAGCCAGCAGUCAAGUUGGUGAGUGCCAGCGACAGCGAGGAGGAUGACGAUGAGGACGCUUCUGGCGACUUCUUCUCCCUCAAUGCCGAACACAAGCUGCCCGAGGUGAGCAGCAACGAGAUCAGCGCCUUGGUGGCCAAACGGGCAGCCAAAAUGGUGGAGGCCAGCAGCAAAUACCUCGAGGAGAUCGCAGAAAGGGAAGCGGCCGAAGCCGAGGCCGCUCGCCUGGAGGAGGAGCAGGUACAGCAGGCACAGAAGCGCUACCACGAACAGCAACUAAACGCCGAGGCCAUGGACGCAUUGGUGGGCAAAAAUGCCAAGCGGCGGCGAAAGGAGGCCAAGGAGAUGCAGGUGAUCGACAUCUCCGGAUCCCAGGUCCUGCCCGACCGUGACGAAUGGAUGCGAACGGCUCUGGCCUCGUCUACGACCUUCCAGCCCACUGGAGUCUUGACGGACGAGGAGCCGGUGGCGGGUACGCGGCGCAAGCACCAGAUCACCUACCUGGCCCACAAGGCUAAGGCCAACGAGGCCGAGCUGCAGGCCAUGUGGUCGGCCAACAGGCAGACGCGACGAGCCACACAGAGCAAAUAUGGUUUCUGAAUUUCCGUUUUCAUUUUAUGUACGUCUCUUAAUCCUACAAUAUAAACCUAAU